CUCCAUUCGGGGAAAAGAAUUCCGUUGUUCACUGUACUGAUGUGAGCAAAUUUCUUGCUCUCGGUCGCACGCUGGAUGUGGCGGAAUCGACCCCUCAGAUGUUGGCCGCAUGAAGUUGGAUACAUGUAUUCCCACCACUUGCAAUGGACGUCUUUGGUGUUGGGUGAUUCGAAUGAUCUCGGAGACAUGCGCAAUUCAUUUCCGGAAUGAACCCGUUUAACGCAAGCGACGUGUUUGUGACACCGCCUUUGUCCGCGGCGACAACUGCCGAGCUCAAGGCAAUCGCAAAGACCACGGCCACUGAUAUCAUAACACGGUCCCAACAAGCUGGAACGAGUUCGUCUUGGUCCAUGGUGUUCUCGGAUAAAGCCCUUCGUAUUUUCAAGUUCGGUGGCACAAGUGCCCCCAUCGGGACCGCUACCAAGUUCCUCCACUGUGGACAGCUCCAAGUGCGUGCGUCGCUACAAGACGUGGUGCAUCUUCUGCGCACGGAUGAUGCCGCCCAUGCCACCGCGUACAAGCAGCGAUUUUGCAAAGACAUUUUGGCAACGUCGACGCUUUACAUGCUGAAACCUCCAACUCCCACCACGCCAACGUCGCGCAUUUCGAUUUCCUGGUAUGCGUUUCGGAGCCCCGUGAAGGGCGUGGUCAUGAAUCGCGAUGCCAUAUUGCUAGAGUGCCAUCAGGAAUUCACGAUCCAAGGCCGUCGCGGCUGGGUGCGAGCCGUCCGAUCCGUCCAGCUCCCUGGUUGUCCCAACUUGGAGAUCACGAGCGGCCUCGUACGGAUGCAAAACUACGGCAGUGGACAAGUGUUUUUGGAAUCGCUCGCCGAUCCUAACUUCUUGGACAUGUCGUAUGUGACCCAGGUCGACAUGGGGGUCGGCAAAUCCGAAUGGGCCAUCGAUGCCUUACGAAGCCGCGAUUUUCUCGUCGAAAAAGCCAUCGUCCGACGAUGUCAGAGCUUACGGGAAAUCGAACGAUAUCUAAAAGGCGACCCCCUGCAUGUCCGAGCCCCAGAAACGGCACGCCCGUUUAAAGCACUGCGUCGGCAUUGCUGUCUCUGCGACAAACGAUUCAGGGCGCUGAGCAAAAAGUUCUCGUGCGCAAAAUGCCCUCUUGUAACGAGAGUCGCUGUCAUUUGUCGCGGCCUACUGACCGAGUUGUAGGCAAUGUGUCGAGAGUGCGACAGCGAAUGGCGCUUGAAAUCUAAGCUGUCCGAGUCCAUGUGCGCGGCGUGCGCUGUCCGUUUGACAAGUGGAGGAAGUACCCCGAGCAAUUACUCGCACGGUAGCAGCAUUCCAUCUUCCACAACGCCGUUGAGUCAAACGUCAAACGUGUGGUGUUGGAGCUCCGAUUCGAGCAACAAUUGCGAAUCGAAAGCUCUGUCGGGGUCUUAAUCAUGGAGGAAAGAAGAAGUCACUGCCUCGAGCGAAGGAUGCUAUAUCCCCAGACGACGCCAUGCGCCAAAUCAGCCAACCAGCAUGAUGAACGUGCAAGAGCAUACUUGUGGGGACUUGGCAUCGAGCAACCUUUGCCGCACCACAGGGGUUUAUAAAACAAUUAUUCAGGAGCUUUCACGACGCAUGCCAGUGCUAAGGAUGUGAGUGCAACGAAUGGCAUGAACUGUGAUUUUUGC